CGGUUGUCACUUUAUGAGCUAUAUUAUUAGGGUGGCAAAAACUAUAGAAGUCAAAAUGAAUGAGACAAUAAAGGUUGGACUUACAUUUGCUUUGGGGCAACGUGGGUAAUGAAAGCGAAGACAAGUAAGAGACAUCUCUACUUUUGAUAUUCCAAAAGUAAUUUUUUCGCUUAUAUUAGUGAUCUUCCCGUUGUUUACACUGCAACAUUUGGACCCGUCUACCCUUGUGUGCAGAAGUUCCAGCUUGCUCCUGUUCACGGGUAAACCAACGAUGACCAGCUUUAAGCCGUUUCUCCUCCUGUUGGCUUUGAGCACUUGCCUGCUGUCAGCGGACGCAUUACGCAAAGUACCGAAGCUCGCGAAGCCGUCUCGAGAGUUGGAAAAUCUGUAUGAAGAUGUCCUAAGAAGAGAACUUCAAGACGUUCUCAAUGAGAAACUUUUGGAACUAAGAGGGUCCCAAUCAGGGGUAUGGGCUACGAAACUACGCCGAUUCGCCCGCCUCUUCGACAGUGACGGCGACGGCAUACUGACCAAAGCCGAGGCGGUUGGACAGCUAGUGCAGGAAGUACAGAGCGCCCUUGACUCGGAAACCGCUGACGAAAUUACAGACACUAUAGCCGAGGCAUGGAGCUCAGUAUUCGUCAUCCCUGACAGUGGCAUUGACAUCGAUUCUGCUGCUAUUCUGGCCAUAGGCAACGCGGUAUGUAACAAUGACGACAGGAAGAGAAAACUAAGAAUUUGGGCACGAAGUGUCUUCUCAGAGAGCGACUCCGACCUGAGCUGCAAGCUGAGUAGAGCCGAGCAUGGGUUAACAUUUGGUAUGAACCACGUGACCCAGAGCGCUCUCGCGGCCUCCUUCGAUGCGGCUGAUGCCGACGGCAGUGGCGAGAUUACAAAGGCUGAAUUUCUCGGUGCAAUGAUUGGUUAUUUCUGUAAUAAAUCUGAGGAUUCUGCAUUGUUCGGACCGUAGAUUAAAACUCAGGCCUCACCUGUAUCUUCAACAUGAGAGAUUUUAAAGAGAAAAAUUCAUCCAGAACUUCUCCGCAACAUACCUUUCGAUCUUAUUCAACCGAUAGUACACGUUAGACUGUAUAGACUGUUUUUACAAAGGAA